GUCAUGGUGGAUGUCAGAUAACCUGCGAACGUCGUAGAUAUCUUUUCGAGAGGCCAGAGUGGGAUAUACAUUACGUUCAACAGCGCCGGCUGCGGAGUGAUCAGCGGGGCUGAAGCUACCCCAGAGGACGCAUGCCGCGGGGCGCGGCGAACGUCGGUAAACAGGCCGAAUGGUGAGGAGAACGGACCCAGUGCCGGCAACCCCUGGCCGAUGAACAUCACCUCGAUUAUGGGCACGCCGUCCCUUGGCUACUACAGUGCAUCCGAGCAUGCCCUGGACGUCCUUAGCACGCCCUGGGAAGCGAUAUCGAUCCCGAAUGGGAUAUUAAGGUCAUUUUCCAAUGUGCGGUCGACACACCCGAAUGGGUGCUAGCGAACAUGAUCGUCUCAUAUAGCAACGACAUCGCGGGGCCGCUGACAUGCACGACACACUGCGCAUCGCUCGGGUUCACAUACGCCGGACUCGAGUACGGCGAUGAAUGCUACUGUGGGACGUCGUAUGUUAACGACGGCACAAUCCCGCAAUCGGCGCCGUAGUCAGACUGCAACAUGCGGUGUCUGGCGGGGUACUAUUGGACAUGCGGAGGCUCGUGGCGAAUGCAGAUCUACAAGUUGGAGCCGUGACUGGUGCUUGAACAGAGUAGUAUUAGAUACAGAGAGACGAACGCUAGUCUCUUCUGUGCACCGUACCUGAUACCUCGUAGUGGCUGAUUUCAUCGCCUGGCCCGCCUGGCAAGCUCCAGUUCGGCAGCUCGAUGGUAAUCACCGCCUAAGGCUCAGUUGCCGUCAGCCAGUCAGGACCGUGUCGAGACACCCGAGGCGGAACUGAAAGUUGUCCCGCUGUGUCCAGUGUUAUUAAGGCAGUAGAUCCAUCUCUGACUUAGGCACAUGUUGGUAGCCGGGAUUAUAAGGAAAUCAGACGCACCUUACACGAAUCGAUGCAGAGGCAUGCGGAUAGGUCCUUAUCACCUGCCAAGCCAGGCACGCAGUCGAUGU